AUGGAACUGUUGAUUCAUUUUCAUCUUGCUGCUGAAGUUAAAACGGAUCAAUACUACAUUGAUAAUAUUAAGCAAUAUUUCCUACCUGCUGUGCUAAAGUUAUAUGAUAUUUCAUCUCCACUAUCAAUUCCUGAUGAUCAGCCAGUUGCCCGAGCAACUAACCUUCACAUCACUUUUAGCACCAAUUUUGUUCCUCCUGGCUUCUUCACUCGUUUUAUUGCAUCAUUUGCCAAUGCCUCAGCUAAUGCUUCAUCAUACGAAAUUUGCUUCGAAGAAAAAUAUGGUGUGUUUCGAAACCGUAUCAUGUUCGGAGACCCAAAUAUCAAGAUUACUAUCACUGAUCUUAGUGAUACGAUUCAAGUUAGCGUUGAGUGCUAUACUAGCAUAUCUUUCAGUGAUACUUGUCAAGAGUUUAAAAAAUUAGUAGAAAGAUGUUGCCGUGAAGUUGAUGACACUUUAGCUAAUCAAUGUAAUUCUUCAAAAACAAUUGAAAUAAAAAGAAAGUUUCGCUUUGAAUGUACAGCAUGUGAUAAAUGGGAGCCUCAUUACAUUAUCAGUGCUGCUUCGGGUCAAACAGCUGAUUCACUUCUUCAGUGUCAAAAAAGUAAAAUGCGACGUCGACCAACUCUUGAAGAAUCAUAUUGGUUUCCUGAAGGAGACAAGACAGCUCAAAAUGUGCCAGUGUCUAUUAGCGAACAAGAAAUGCUUAUCAUAUCACAAAGAGUUAGCGACAAAGCUGAUUCUGUGGCUGCAGGCUUGAAUAUGUUUCUGAGGUUGAAUGCACUUCGACAAGAUCAUCACGAUAAUCCAAUGCUUCAUUUGCUUUUUGAGUGGAAUAGGGGAGGAGGACGUAGGGAAGACUUGGUUAAAACUCUUAAGGAUGUUAACCUUGAUAAACUUGCUGAUCAAGUCCAAAACUCCAAUUACGUACAAUUGUCUAGACCUCCCAGUGUUAGCAGCACAAGUUCUCGUCAACAAACAUUUGACCUGCCUUCAGGCACUGAGUCUUCUCCUGGUAUUGCAGGAACUGAACCAAUUGAGUUUCAAGUUACAGAAGCUACAAAAGCUGAUCAAAGCAAAAAGUUUGCUAAAAUGGUCUCAGAAGUAAUAAAGGAGUAUGAAAAAAGUAAAGAACCUGAUGAUCAAGUUAUUGUUAAUCAAAGUGAACAUGAAACACAUUCAGGAGAUCAGCAUCAAGAGCACAGACAACAAAGAGUUGAACCUCAGCAAAGACAACAGGAAAGACAACAACAGCAAAGACAACAACAAAGACAACAAGAAAUUCAAACUCAACAAAGAAAUCAACCUCAAGAGCAUAUUAGAAGUGACAUAUCAGAUAAUGACCUGUUGCGAUUGGCUAGAUAUCUCAAGCCUGAGCAUGUCAAAAAAUUUGCUGAAGUUUAUGAUGAUGAUUCAAGAUACCUUCACUCAGAAUUAGAAGAAUAUGAAAACAGUGAUGCACAAACAAAAGGAUUUCAUGUUCUACGUGCAAUGCUGAGAAGAAAUCCUAAUGUUAACCGUGACAAUCUAAAGGAGAGUUUAUCAUUAUUGGGAUUUAAUGAAGCUGCAAAAAAUCUAUCAGACAGUGGUUGCUUAUUACUAUAAAGAGAUAUCUGGUUUUUAUGCAGAAGUUUAAACUUUGCUCUUUUUCGAUAAAAUGC